GAGCGCCCCUGCCCGCCCGCGCCCCCCGCCAUGGAGCGCAUCCCCAGCGCGCAGCCCCCGCCCGGCUGCCUGGGCAAGCUGCCCGCCCUGGAGAGCGGAGACCUGCCCGGGCUGGACUUCGCGCACAUGUACCAGGUGUACAAGCCCCGGAGGGGAUUAAAGAGGAGCGAGGACAACAAGGAGACCUACAAGCUGCCGCACCGGCUGAUCGAGAAGAAGAGGCGCGACAGGAUCAACGAGUGCAUCGCGCAGCUGAAGGACCUGCUGCCCGAGCACCUCAAGCUGACGACUCUAGGGCACCUGGAGAAGGCUGUGGUUCUGGAGCUCACCUUGAAGCACGUGAAGGCACUGACCAAUCUCAUCGAGCAGCAGCAGCAGAAGAUCAUCGCUCUGCAGAACGGUUUGCAGGCGGGUGACCUGUCAUCGAGAAACCUCGAUUCCAGCCAGGAAAUGUUUCGAUCCGGUUUCCAGAUGUGUGCCAAGGAAAUGCUGCAAUACCUGGCAAAGCACGAGAACGGCAAGGAGCUGAAGUCGUCGCAGCUGGUCAGCCACCUGCACCGGAUGGCCAGCGAGGUGCUGCAGGGCGGGGCGGCCCGCAAGCCCGGGGACACCCCUCCCAAAAUGCUGGACCUGAAGGAGAAGCCGGCGCCGCUGGGCGCGGCGGGCGAGGGCCACGGGAAGAACUGCGUGCCCGUGAUCCAGCGGACAUUCGCUCACUCCAGCGGGGAGCAGAGCGGCAGCGACACGGACACGGACAGCGGGUACGGGGGAGAGCUGGACAAAAGCGACUCCAAAUCGGAACAGCCCUAUUUCAAACGGGAUACCGACCUCAAGUACGCUGUCCAGGAGAGAAUAAGCUCUAUUAAGCAAGAGACUGAGGACCCGCCGGCCAAAAGGAGCAGGCUGGAGUCGCCGCAGGACGAGGGCCCUUUUGGCAGUGACAUGAUGGGCCCUGCCAGCGGCUUCCUGGGCCCCCACGCUCACCAGCCUCCCCUGUGCCUGCCUUUCUACCUGAUCCCGCCGUCCGCCACCGCCUACCUGCCCAUGCUGGAGAAGUGCUGGUACCCGGCCUCGGUUCCCGUGCUGUACCCCAGCCUGCCGGCCUCUGCCGCAGCUCUGACGGGCUUCAUGAACCCCGACAAAAUCUCCCCCCCUCUGCUGAUGCCCCAGAGACUCCCUUCUCCUGUACCGGCCCAUUCCCCCAUCGACUCUUCGGCUCUGCUUCAAGCUUUGAAGCAGAUUCCUCCUUUGAACUUGGAAACCAAAGACUGAGCACAGUGUGACUGGUUUUACUUUUUUUCCUUUUUUUGGUUUUUUUUUUUUUUUUUUAGUUUGAGAGACUGUUUCACUUUUAUAUAUUGGCUGGACUGAGGUGUGGGGACGAGGUUCACUGUGCGUAGGAAGCUAAAUCCCCUUUUCUCUGACUUGUCAGGUAGCUUGGAGAAGGAUGAAGGAUGCGCCCAGGUUAGCGAUUGACAGCUACUUCCAAAAGAUUAAAGAAGGAUUUUGCGCUUGGCCCCUUCCCUUCUUCCCUCUCCACAUCUACAGAGCAACAGUUGACUCAGUCAGCUGUGACUCUAUUGCAAAGCUGUGAAGAAAUAUUCCAUUGGGCAGGCCUGGUUUGAGGGUCUGUGAAUACAAAAUAGAUUAAUAUAAACCACGGUACUUCCCUGAGCAGCUCUGGAGGCAACGGCUCUGCUGGUUUAUCUCAGCUGGGCUGCUGUCCCAGUGACCCCACAGGGUGAUGGUGGCAAUGCCACCGUGAGCACAGCAGGAGCAGGGCAGUGGUCACUGCAGGGGCAGCAAUGUCACCAGGAGGAGCAGGGUAGUGGCCACUGAGGUGGUGGCAGGGGCAGCAAUGUCACCAGGAGGAGCAGGGCAGCAGUCACUGUGGUGUGGUGGUGGCAAUGCCACUGUGAGCACAGCAGGAGCAGGGCAGUGGUCACUGCAGGGGCAGCGAUGCUACCAGGAGGAGCAAGGCAGUGGCCACUGUGGUGGUGGCAAUGCCAUUUUGAGUCCAGGAGGAGCAGGGCAGUGGUCAUUGUGCUGUAGUGGUGGCAAUGCCACUGUGAGCACAGGAGGAGCAGGGCAGCGGUCACUGCCUGGUCACACACAGAUCAGGCAGACAGACCCAAGGCGGGUUUCUCUCCACACCUUUGCUGAUACAUAGAUAUUUUUUUACAAAAUAAAAGGUAGCUGCUGCUUGGA